AUGUAUUCAAAUCAACAACCACCUAUUUAUACAACUCGACAUUAUAUUCAUGAUCCUCAAUCAAAUUCAAGAAAUAAUUAUAAUCCAUCAUAUGAUUCAGUACGUCCACCAGUUCAACCUUAUCCUUAUUAUACAAAUAAUCAACAACCAACAACUGUAACCUAUAUUAAUGAUCGAUCUAAUUAUGGACAACAAUCAACAUCAUAUAUUCCACCAAAUACAAAUCGUUAUCCAUCACCAAAUAAUUAUAAUCAAAAUAAUACUAUUCGUCCAGCUGCAAGUGGUGGUUCAAUUGAAAAAACUAAUACUAUGUCAAAUGAAAAUCCAUUUUAUAAUCCAUCUCGUACAUAUGAACAAAAUAAUACACCACGUACAAUAACAUCUAUAACAUCUCCACCAAAAAGUGGUGGUGGAUUAAAUAAUACAUUAAAUCUUUCUGAUGAAAAUCCAUUUCAUACGAUUUAUGGUGGAUAUCAUUAUCCAUCACAAAUUGAUCCAUCAAAAAGAAUUACAACUCAAAAUCCAGCUGCACGUUCAACAGAAAAUAAAUCAUUAAAUUUAUCUGAUGAAAAUCCAUUUUAUUCAACAUAUGGACGUUAUUAUUAUCCAUCACAAAUUGAUCCACAAAAACGUAUUACUGAAAUGCCAAAAUCAAGUGGACCAUUAGUACCAACAAAUGAAAUGUCUAAUGAUAAUCCAUUUAGUAAUUAUCGACCACCAUCAUAUCAAAAUUAUUCAAAUAAUAGUACUUCAUCGAAUGUUGAUUGGAAUAGAAAUAAUAAUCCAGCACCACUUUCAUAUCGACCUAUUGAAGUACAAAGACCAUUACAAAAUUCUUAUAAUCAACAACAAUCAUCAUCUAUUCGACCACCAAGUCCACCUUCACCACCACCACCACCGGUUUCAACACGUAUAACAACUCAAAAACCAAAUUCUUCUGCACCUUUAGAUAAAACAUCAUUAAAUAUGAGUCCUGAUAAUCCAUUUGCACAAACUUAUGGUCAAUAUCAUUAUCCAUCAUCAGAAGAAAUUAAAAUUCAAAAACGUAAUAAUCGUUUUGCAGAACAACAACCUGUUCGUACAAAUACAAAUACAAAUAACAACAAUCGACCAGUACAACCAACAAAUCAAAUGACUGAAUAUCCUGAAACAGAAAAAAAAGAAAUUCUUUCAGGAAAAGGAAAUACAAAAUUUUCUCGUUUUGAUGUUAAUUUUUGA